GCUGAUGGCGGAAACAAUUCUAUUUCAUCGGUUCCAAGAACGCCUCCUACUCUCGCCAUGAUCCUAAAACCGUAAACCGUUUGGAGCACCAUCUUAGAGGUGUAAUUCGAACGUACAUUCAUGAUCCAGAUUUAGUCCAGGAACACAGUUAUCAAUAUGCGACAGCAGCAACAACAUGGCACGCUCCUGGUUCGAAGGCAAAUGUACCAGAACUGGCAGACUUGGGAAAUUUCAGUCGAUAAGAUUCGUAGAUGCAGACUACGUCUGCUACAAAGAACCUCUUGAUUCUUAGCGGCGGGCCGGGCUACGAACAAUUUCUCACUUAGGAAAGGGAAAGUCAGGACUGGUUGUUGAAACACCCCCUUGUCACUGGCCGCCCGCUUAAGCAGAUGGUUAUAUCGCUUUAAAUCCAUUCUGCAGUCUGACCUCCUUUUGACACACUUCGACCCUCGGAAGGAAAUCAUCGUGGCUGGUGAUGCAUCCAAACACGGCUUGGGUGCCGUUAUAAUGCAUCGAUUCCCCAACGGUUCCAUCAAACCCAUCGCUCACGCUUCAAGAUCGUUGACACCUGCUGAGGUGAACUAUGGCCAAAUCGAGAAGGAAGCUUUGGCACUCAUCUUUGCUGUCACGCGCUUCCACAAAAUGGUUUAUGGUCGCAAAUUCACACUUCAAACCGACCACAAGCCCCUCCUGAAGGUUUUCGGCAGCAAGAAAGGGAUUCCGGUGUACACAGCAAAUCGACUCCAACGCUGGGCGUUGACUUUUUUGCUUUACAACUUCGACAUCCAGUUCGUUCCAACCGCAAGCUUUGGACACGCCGAUCUUCUCUCUCGUCUGAUGUAUUUCUCCAUGAAAUCGGACGAAGAAUAUGUCAUCGCAGUGAUACAGAUGGAGACAGACGUGAAAACUAUUUUCGAAGGGUCCAUCUCCAACCUGCCGGUUACAUCGGACAUGAUCUCCAAACAAUCAGCAGAGGAUCCUACACUUCAAGAAGUAGUCAACUAUAUCCAGAACGGGUGGCUCGAAUCUGCGAAAACAAUCGCCGAUCCAACAGUACGACAGUUUUUCUCCAGACGUGACAGCCUACAAGUUUUUCAAGACUGCACCAUGUUUGGUGACCGUGUCGUCAUUCCAGCCUUGUACCGAAAACGAAUACUUUGCCAGUUACACCGAGGACACCCUGGAAUGGAGCAGAUGAAGUCAAUUGCAAGAAGUUUCGUCUAUUGGCCGAACAUCGAUGAUGACGUCGAGGACUUUGUGCGCCGAUGUAGUUACUGUGCCCAAGCAGUGAGAGAUCCCCGGAAAACCACUCUCGAAUCCUGGCCCCUUCCUUCAAAACCGCUGGAGCGAAUUCACAUCGACAGGGUCAUUAAACCCGAUAGGCCCAUUUAG